GCUCAAAUUAAUUUUCAACUAAUAUUGAAAAGGAGACUGCUGACGUGUACAAAUAAUACAGAAAAGAAAAAAAAAAGUGAAUGAGAGGCAAUCGACGUUGUAAAUCGCAUCUUCGUUGCUUCGCUUCUCGCCAUUGUUGCUCCUUCAACUUCAUCUUCAUCUUCAUCUUCAGAAUGCUUGGUGGAAGAAAAGAAAACUCGUGUGAGCUAAGCAACAGCUUUGUUGUAAAUUCGCUUGAAUUAUUCGGUAGAAAGAGAAAUCAAGAAGUGUGGAGCUCAUAAUUAGAAGUCAUGUUAUGCUUUUCAACAUUGACAGCCAUUGUUUUGGAAAAUCAAGAUUGGUUUUCGCAGGUGUUACUUUGUUAAAUCUAUAUAAGCACGCUUUCUGGCAUUGAACCAUGCCGCGCAAAAUUAAUACCGGAGUUGAUUAUUACGAUGACUUUGAAGAUUAUGAUUAUGAUGAAUAUGACUAUGAUGGAGAAGAGAAUGUUGAAGUUGUACAGUCAACGCCAGAAAGUAAAAGGCCUUGGAUUUGGAGUUGUUCAAUCUGCACUAAUGAUAAUGAAGAAAGUAUGCCUACUUGUGAUAUAUGUGGGGUUCUUCGCAAUCCUUUGCCCAACAAAACAGAUAUGGCCACUCCCAAUAUCUUUGACAUGUACCAGGCCGAGGAGGAAGAGGAGGUUCCCCAACUCCAGCGGAGAUCCAAGAGGAGAACUGGCGAAUCCAGCCGAGACCCUCCAGCCAAGAAAGGUCGAACAGAAGACCUUCCCAAGGACGCGCCAACUGGGCAAACUCCUGGGCCAACAGGGCAAACUCAUCCACCGGCUCCUACUGAGAAGCAGACUCCUCCUGCCCCACCAAAUCCUCCGGCUGUGCCCCCUAGAGAGGAAAUUACUCGUGAAGAAGCUCUCAGGUCCAAACUCAUGAGCCGUGCCCUUCGAUCAGCCAGGGAUCGCCUUGACCGCAUUGGUAAAGGUGAUCGUGUCAGAGAUGCAAUGGUCGAGGCUGAAAACAUGGGGGCUGACCAGGUUCUGAACAGGGCCCUGAAUGAAAUCUCCAGUGCCUUGCUAUCUGCUAUCACUGCUCGCACUCGUAUCCAGGCUUCCAUCGAGCAGGCCAAGGCAAAGGCCACUGAGAGGCAUCAAGUGAAGGCAGCUGAGGAGCUUUCGGCUGCAGAGGCCAGGCACACCAAGGAGUUGGAGGCAAUGGCUCGAGAGAGGGACGCUGCGGUGACUAAGCUGUCAGAAGCUGAAGCUGCAAAGGAAGCUGCAAUAAAGUCACGACAGCAGUAUCGAGAUGCCAGCGUAACUCAUCUUCGCGAAAUCAAAAAGUUGGAAGAGACGCUCAAGCCCAAGGAUGAGGCCAUUGCCACUCUUGAAGGCAAGGUGAAGCAUCUGGAGCUUGAGAACUCCAAAAAUCUUGAAAAGUACAAGAGGACGACACUCCGAUGUUUCUACAACUUCUGGAAACACAACCAGGGUGCCGACUUUAGCUAUCUUUCGGAGGAAGUCAGGACUGCUGAGUUGGCUCGCUGCACCUCUCAACUGGCCGAAGAGGAGGCAAGACUGAGGAUCCCUGCUUCUCCAAGCAUCGUUGGUGUAGAAGAAGAAGAAGUUGCCGAGGACGCAACCAACCAGGAUGCUGCCCAGGACCCUCAGGCCCCAAAUGCCUCUUAAACUUUCCCAUUUAUUUUUUCUCUCUUUUUGGCCACACGGCCUACGGGUCGUGAUGUAAAGACAAUAAUUUCUUUUUAAACUUUGCUGCACGGGCAUAAAAUCUUUUUUUUCUUUUAUUCGAACAGUUACAUCCAAGCAGCGAUGCUUGCGGUGUAAAAGCUUAUAUCUUGAUGCUAUAAUAUCUUUAUUUAUUAUAACAUUUGUCCGUAUGACCGAA